AUGUUUGGAUGUCACCGUAACAAUGACGUUGUGGCAAAGGGUGGAGGCGCAGACCUCACGAUCGCGCGCCAAACCAUCUUGGUUCUGCAAAUAUCCAACCAACGCGGUUGGUCCUCUCUGAGUGAAGGAAAUCGCUUUGUUGUGCUGUUCUCCUAUCAAAGCAAAGCAUCCCCUCAGUCCAUUUACAACUACAGCUACAACUAUAACUACCCGGUCCACCUUCAGCACCUGAACUCUACAACCACAAUCAUGGCAAGCUUCGUCGCAAAGAUCAUAAGCAAGAAGAUUCUGGGGGAGACUCUUGAGAAUAACUUUGGCAAAGAUGAUCCCUACUUCGAGACUGUACCGGCGACCCGUCUUGAUGGCAAACCUUCCAAAAAGAUCAAGAAGAGGCGCAAGGCCUUGCCACCAGGAAUAUCCGCUCACGAUGCAAAGGUUCUUACCAAGGUCAAGCGUCGCGCAUACCGCCUCGAUAUGUGUCUAUUCAGUUGCUUGGGAAUCCGCUUUGGCUGGAGUUCCGUCAUUGGAAUCAUACCUGCUAUCGGAGAUGCCAUCGAUGCCUUCAUGGCUCUGAUGGUCUACCGAACAUGCACGCAGGUUGAAGGUGGCCUACCAUCAGACGUCAAGAUGAAAAUGAUAUUGAACAUCAUCGUAGAUUUCGGCGUCGGACUGGUACCCUUCCUCGGAGAUAUCGUAGAUGCCUUAUUCCGGGCCAAUACCAAGAACGCCGUCAUCCUGGAGCAUUACCUGAGAGAGAAGGGAGCGAAGAGUCUCGAAGCACGAGGUCAGAUCGCUCCUGACAUCGACCCUAGCGAUCCCGAUGUAUUCGAUGUACAAAGCAGCGACGAAAAUCCACCUCCUCACUAUGCAAAUCAAGCGUCAACUCGACAUGGCACAGGCAAAGUUCCAAAGCAGCAUGACCAUGGUGUAAGGGGUGGGGGCAGCAAGCAGAGGAUACAAGAUCCCGAGAUGGGAUAUGAGGUGCGAAGGCCCGAAGCCGCAUAUGACAAUGAAACUCGGGGCAACAAGUCUACCUCGCGGAAGGGCAGGCGUUGA